CGGCGCUACCGCCAAUUAGCUACUACUUCCUCUGGAGUCGUUGAGUAAGACAACAUGGUUUCUAAUGAAAAGAAAUGCCCCAACUGCCCCCAGGUCAUGCCCUGUGCCACUAAGGUUUGUAAGGCCUGUGGGGCAGAACAGCCCAAGAAGGCUCGUUUGUUGAAGAGGCUGCAGGCCCUUGAUAUGAAGAAGGGGGAGUGGCUUGGCAAUCUUAAAAAAAAACACAAUGAGGCAGCCAUGCGGGAUGAAGCCAUCAUUUUGCUUGAGAAGCUACAUGCAAUGGGCUACAAGCCACUCCUCCUCCUUCAGAAGGAAGGCAAUGGCAAGAAACCUAAAAUAACUUCCCUCACCCCAAGAUGCGAGCUGGACCCACUGGCUACACAACACCUCAGCAAAAUAACAGCAUUUUAUGAGUUGGUUUGUGCAGGUUGGAAGGCGAGUGAGGACACUGUCCUCACCCUGACCCUCACCCCCUGUGACGAGCAGGGCACCUCAGGGGAGGCGGGGCCAGAAAUCCUUGUGCAGGAGGCGGGGCCGGAAGGCCUCGUGGAGGAGGCGGAGGAGGCGGAGCUGGAAGGCCCAGCUGUGGAGACUGAAGGCCUCGUGGAGGAGGCGGGGCUGAAAGGACCCGCUGUGGAGAAUGAAGGCCUUGUGGAGGAGGCGGGGCUGGAACGACCCGCUGUGGAGAAUGAAGGCCUUGUGGAGGAGGCGGGGCUGGAAGGCCCCGCUGUGGAGAAUGAAGGCCUUGUGGAGGAGGCGGGGCUGGAAAGCCCUGCUGUUGAGGCUGAAGGCCUCGUGGAGGAGGCGGGUGAAAUACAUCUACCUAAAAAAGGGUCAACAGGGAAGAGAAAGCGGAAGUCAGAGGCAGAAAUGGAUAAAAGCAAAAAAACAAAAAGUAAGUUUAAAUGACUUAAUACAUUUGCA